AUGGACAUGGAAAAGGAGCUGGGGCUGCAGAAUGAAAUGGAGGACAAGAUGCACAGGAAUCAAAAGUACCUUGCCCAUUACUACAAGCGUGAAAUAUCCACCUUCACUCAAAGAUACGUCCUUGAGGAGCUGUUCAGGGAAGUAGUGUGCAUUGUUCAAGAUUCCGAGGAUCAUGCGCUUCAAUCUAUGUUGCCGAAGACGGUUCUCAAUACGAUGCAGAGAGGAGAGAUUUCUAUGUCUGACGUAUUUCGGCUCUUGAACGAUCCGGAACACGCAAGCUUUCGACGGAAUGUGUGGAAAACGAUCGGGUUACCACAGGACCUUGUGUUACCCCCGUUUGAUCCAAGAACGAUGAUGUAUGUGCAGCUCUCUGAAAUGAUACGCUGUUCACCAGGAAAGUAUGUGUUUCUACAUUCAUAUGCAGAUGACAGAGAGAUCAUAUUUUUCAGCGAGGUUGCAAAGCGUUUCGAGAAGAAGGUAGACUAUUUCGACCCCGUGUCGGCAUUUGCGGGAGAGAGGAUCCUGAAAGCGGAUGAUUUCUUCCCGCACAACCGAACGAAUUUUGAACCCUAA